AUGUCGAAAAAGGCGGAAAAAUGGCAAGUUCCUUUUGCUGGUUGGUCAAUGCCAGUUUUAUACUCAAAUAUGGGUAUAUUAGCUUCACAUCUGCACACGCGCGCAGACGCUUCAUUAUUUGAUGUAUCUCACAUGCUUCAAAUGAGAAUCUUAGGUAAAGAUUCUGUAACAUUUAUUGAAAAAUUAGUUGUGGCAGAUCUCAAAGAAUUGCCACUCGACACUUCAACAUUAUCAGUUUUUACCAAUGAACAAGGUGGUAUCAUUGACGAUACAGUGAUUUGUAAGAAGCAUGAUCACAUCUACAUUGUAUCAAAUGCUGGUUGUGCACAAAAAGAUUUAGCACAUAUCAGAAAUGAAUUGGGGAAAUUUCAAAAUCAAGGUGGAGAUGUAUCAUUAGAGGUUAUUAAUGAUCAUGCGUUAUUGGCUUUACAAGGUCCCAAAUCAUCAAAUGUUCUUCAGAAUUUGACUGAAGCAAAUUUAAAUGAUUUUAAAUUUAUGACGGCGCGUACUUUAAAAAUAAAUGGAGCGGAUUGUCACGUGACCCGCUCUGGAUAUACAGGAGAAGAUGGGUUUGAGAUCGCUGUCCCUUCAACUGAAGCAGUUAAAUUAGCAAAUACAUUAUUGGAGAAUUCUUUUGUACAAUUGGCUGGAUUAGGUUCUCGUGACAGUUUACGUUUAGAAGCAGGACUUUGUUUAUAUGGUCAUGAUCUUGAUGAUACAACAUCACCUGUUGAAGCUGGUUUAACAUGGACAAUUGGAAAACGCAGAAGACAAGAAGGCGGAUUCUUGGGUGCAAAUCAUAUCCUUAAUCACAUUAAAAAUGGAGUAACUCGUCGUCGGGUUGGCCUCAUAGUUGAAGGUGCACCAGCAAGAGAAAACGCUGAGAUUUUUAAUAUGGAAGAAGUAAAAAUUGGUAAAGUUACAAGUGGUGGACCAUCACCAUCCCUCAAGAAGAAUAUUGCAAUGGGAUAUGUAAAAUCAGGGUUUCACAAAUCCAAUACCGAACUUCAAGUCAAAGUUCGUAAUCAAUUACAAAAGGCUCGAAUUGUAAAAAUGCCAUUUAUCACUCCUAAUUAUUAUAAAUAA